AUGGUUGGUAGGGGAAACCAUUCUAAUCCUUCUUCAGGUGUGGAUGAGCGGCAGAUUUCUCAGGCUAUGGAGCUAAUUGUUGCUGCUAUUGGACAAAAGAAUACUUUGUUGACUCAAAUGGGGACCAACCGAGCUGCAGCUGAAGAAGCUAGGGCUGAGGUACCUGAUGAGUAUAAGGGCUUGUCAGAGUUCAGAAAAGGGAAUCCCCCUCAAUUUACAGGUGUUGAUAGACCUGAAGUUGCUGACCAGUGGAUUGAGGAGAUGGAGAAAAUCUUCAUGGUGAUGCAAUGCCUCGAGGAGAGGAAGCUAGUUUAUGCUAUUUAUAUGUUGGUGGGCGAGGCUAGCUUCUGGUGGAAAGGUGCUCAGGCUAUGAUGGAAGCUAGAGGGGAAGUGGUGAAUUUGGAGAACUUCAAAAAGGUAUUCCUAGAGAAAUAUUUUCCAGAUAGCACCAGAAAUGCUAAGGAAGUUGAAUUUUUGAGACUGCAACAAGGAAAUAUGUCAGUACAAGAGUAUGUGGUCAAGUUUAAACACUUGGCUAGGUACUAUUCUCAAGCUAUCUCUGAAGCAUGGAGAUGCAGGAAGUUUAGUGAAAGUUUAAGGUAUGAGCUAAAAAAGACUAUUGUUCCUAUGGGGAUUGUGGAGUUUCUAGUUCUAGUUGAAAAGGCAAAAAUAGUUGAGAGAUUUGAAGGAGAAAAUAAAGUGGCAAAGGGUUCAGAGGGAUCAUCUGGAUUUGGGAGGGGGAAACAUCCUCAAAAGAGACCAUCUCAGUUUCAGAAGAGGAAUGCUAAUAAGAAACUAAUGGGGACUACUACUACAGGAGCUGUUCAGAGUUUUAGAUGUUACAGAUGUGGAGGCCCACAUAUGAUGAGGGAUUGUCCUACAAAGGACUAUGUGUGUUUUAAAUGUGGCAAGGUGGGUCACAUGGCUAAAGAUUGUAAUGUCAGAAAUACUCCAACUAGAGAGAACCAGAAAGUGGAUCGGCCUACUGCAGCAGGUCGUGUUUUUGCUUUAACAGGUGCUGAAGUUGAAACGUCAUUUGAGCUGGUAAAGGGAAAACUUGUUGAAGAGAAUCUUUUAUUCAAGAAUGAGAUUUCCAAACUAUCAAAAGAAUCAGAGAAAAGACUUGAGGAAAUUGAAAUACUAAAAUCUGACCCAUCAUAG